CAAGCAACAGUAAGAGAUUAUAAUGGAGCGAGCAUUGCAAUCGCUCUCUCUCUCUCUCUCCCUUGUCUUCUUCCAGUCUUCUCUGCGAUAUUCUUUCUCUCCCCCUAAAUGUAGCUUUCCCUCUCUUCAUUUCUUCAAUCUCCGGUAAAGCUUUCGCUUUUGGCACGGUUCAUCGGACGAGUUCUCCGUUUUGAACUGAAGAAGUCCGGUUACUCUAUCCAUAGAAAUAGAUUAAGCAGCAUACUAUAGGGAGAUUGCAGGAUCCAUCCAUGGCGUCAAGCAGAUGCGAUCAGAGAUUCCUUCCAUCAGCUUCAUCGCCAUCCGAAGACUCAGCUCUAGAUUUGGAGAGGAAUCAUCGAUGCAACCACCCGAGCCUUCCAUCUUCAUCAAGCCCAUCUCCCCUUCAGCCCUUCACACCGAACACCCAACACGCAGAAAGCAAUGCCCCUUACUUCUCAUGGCCUACUCUCAGCAGACUGAACGAUUCUGCAGCAGACAGGGCGAACUACUUUGGAAAUCUUCAGAAAGGGGUUUUGCCUGAAACUGUCGGGCGGUUGCCAUCAGGACAGCAAGCCACCACCUUGCUUGAACUCAUGACCAUCAGGGCGUUUCAUAGUAAAAUCUUGCGCCGCUUCAGUCUCGGUACAGCAGUUGGGUUCCGGAUACGACGUGGUGUUCUGACGAGUAUUCCAGCUAUCCUUGUCUUUGUGGCUAGGAAAGUCCAUAGGCAGUGGCUUAAUCCAUUGCAGUGUCUUCCCACUGCCCUUGAGGGUCCCGGAGGGGUAUGGUGCGAUGUAGACGUAGUGGAGUUUGAGUAUUACGGUGCCCCGGCAGCAACACCCAAAGAACAAGUGUAUAAUGAACUUGUGGAUGGGUUGAGAGGAAGUGACCCUUGCAUUGGCUCUGGUUCCCAAGUUGCUAGUCAAGAAACAUAUGGAACCUUGGGGGCUAUUGUGAAAAGCAGAACGGGUAACCAUCGGGUUGGUUUCCUCACUAACCGGCAUGUAGCAGUUGAUUUGGAUUAUCCAAGCCAGAAAAUGUUCCAUCCUUUACCUCCAAGCCUUGGCCCCGGUGUCUAUCUUGGCGCUGUUGAGAGAGCAACUUCGUUUAUUACGGAUGAUCUUUGGUAUGGUAUUUUCGCUGGAAUCAACCCAGAAACUUUUGUGAGAGCAGACGGUGCAUUCAUUCCUUUUGCAGAAGAUUUCAACAUGAACAAUGUAACCACAAUAGUAAAGGGUACAGGCGAGAUAGGAGAUGUGCACAUCAUAGACUUACAAUCCCCGAUCGAUAGUCUUAUAGGACAGCAAGUCGUUAAAGUCGGGAGAAGCUCGGGAUUGACCACGGGAACCAUAAUGGCUUACGCUUUGGAAUACAACGACGAGAAAGGGAUCUGUUUUCUCACGGAUUUUCUGGUCAUUGGUGAGAACCAGCAAACCUUCGACCUUGAAGGUGACAGUGGAAGUCUUAUACUCUUAACUGGGCAAGAGAGGGGGAAACCACGACCAGUCGGGAUCAUUUGGGGUGGGACAGCCAACCGGGGAAGACUGAAGCUAAAAGCUGGGCAAGAACCCGAGAAUUGGACAAGUGGAGUUGAUCUUGGUCGACUUCUAGAUCUCUUGGAGCUCGAUCUCAUCACAUCCAAUGAUGGGCUUGAAGCUGCAGCCCGAGGGCAAAGAAACACUUCGGCUACAGCCCUUGGUUCAACGGUUAGCGAGUCAUCCCCACCCGACUCGGUUCCAUCGCAAGACAGAGCAGAUGAGGUCUUCGAGCCAUUCAUCCCCACCGAGUUCCGCAUAGAAGACGUGAUCAAACCGACUCAUGAUGUGGAGGAACAUCAGUUUAUGAUGCCUGACUCGGCAAAUGCAUCUACAGUUGCUGCGAAAACGAACGAGAAACUUGAACCGGAGAAUCUUUCCUCGUUAAAGAAUGGUUCAGAUGAAGAACUGAACGUUUCUUUGCAUUUGGGAGAACCCAAAUGGAAGAAACCAAAGUUGUAACCAAAGGCGAACCAAAAGGAGCAAUGAGUGUUUCACUGCAACGGGGAAGAGGUGAACCAAAAUUGGAUAACUUAGCCGGUUUCGGUUUAUUUCGGUUUGAUGGGUAUUUUUAGAUAAUAUCUGGUGUAACCAUGAGAUCCUCAAAUGUCACGUUGUAAUUGUGCAUAAAUAUUAUUGUUCUUUAAGGGUGAAUAAUAAUAUUUGGACAAGCUA